CAAACCCUUCCACUCACCCAUAACUGGGUGAGCCCAAGAACGGUGCUCCAGCUUCCCGCUGCUGCCAGGCUGCCAUGGAGAACUACCCGCAGUCCUUCAGCAUCAACAUGCAACCCUAUGGCAGGAAUGGGGGGUCCACCGCCAUCAACCCCACAGCCACCUCUUUCGGCCAGGCCACCUCGUUUGGCCAGAUGGAGCCCGCUCCUAUUUCUACCCCGCCACCCAAGGACUUUGUGCUCUGGUCUUUCUUCAACACCGUAUACUGCAACCCCUUCUGCCUGGGCUUCCUCGCGCUUGUCUUCUCCAUCAAGGCCCGAGAUAGGACAGUGGCGAAGGACCCCAUGGCCGCCAACAGCUACGGGAGGACAGCCAGGAGCCUCAACAUCGCGGCACUCUGCUUGGGUACCGUGGGCACCAUCAUCCUUCUGGUCCUGCUGAUAGUCUACAGACCAACAUACCCCUGACCUGUCCCACCGAGGAGAGGCAGCACCACGGCUUUGCUCUUCCUUACCCAUCCCACCCCAAACCCCAUCACCCUUCUGACCCGCUCCGUCCAGCUGAGGGGGUGCACCUGCCGUGGUGACCCUGUUGGGAGUGAGCCUCUGGGGUGAUCUCAAGACAAAUAAAGCAUUCCUCACUCCC